UAAAUAAAAACGUUUUCACACUUUUAACCUUGACGAAAGAUUUAGUAACAUUUACGUGGUUAAAGAAGGAAUUUUGAGUUGAGAUUUUUUGCGUAGAUAUAUCUAAAACCGCUUAUCGAUUUAUUGAAACCGCAAGUGCACGUUAAGGACAAACAAUAUUUUGGGCCAAAAAUAAUCAUGGAAAAUCCACCGAGAGUGCUUUCAAUCCAAAGUCACGUAGUUUCUGGUUAUGUGGGAAAUAAAAGUGCUACAUUUCCAUUGCAAUUACUUGGUUUCGAUGUGGACGCGAUUAAUUCGGUUCAAUUUUCUAAUCAUACUGGUUACAAACUUGUUAAAGGUCAAAUAUUAACCGAUAAAGAUUUAAGGGAGUUAAUGGAAGGUUUGAAUACAAAUAAUAUUGAUGAGUAUACUCAUCUUUUAACAGGAUAUGUUGGAGCUACCACUUUUUUAGAAGAAAUAGCUAAUAUUUUGAAGUACUUAAAAGCUAAAAAUAAAAACCUUAAAUAUGUAUGUGAUCCUGUGAUGGGCGAUAAUGGUCAAAUGUAUGUCCCCAAAGAACUUUUACCAAUUUACAAGAACACAAUCAUCCCACUUGCUGAUAUCCUCGUUCCAAAUCAAUUCGAAGUUGAACUAUUAACCGAUCGGAAGAUAAAAACAAUAACUGAUGCUUGGGACGCCAUCAAUUUGCUUCAUGACAAAGGUUGUGGAACUGUUGUUUUGUCUUCUACAGAAUUAGGAGCUGAAGAAGGUGUUUUACUUGGUUUAGCCAGCACCGAAAAAGGUACUAAAAGAUACACAAUUGAAAUUCCAAAACUGCCAUGUACGUUCACGGGAUCAGGCGAUUUAUUCGCAUCUGUAUUUCUUGGAUGGAGUUAUAAAACGAAUUAUGACAUCAAAACGAGUUUGGAAAAAACAAUCGCAACUUUGCAAGCAGUUUUAAAAAGAACUGCAGGAUAUGUUGAAGGUAUAUUUAAAAAAAAACAUGUAGGUGAUUCAUUUAAUGAAUUAAAUAUAUUUCUAGUAAACGGUGCUACCCCAAGGAAUUUAGAAUUAAAAUUGAUACAAAGUAAAAAUGAUAUUGAAAAUCCUCAGGUGAUUAUUAAUGCUAAGUGCCUUUAAUACAGAUAAUAAUAACAAAUGUAUCAAUAAUAUUAUAUCACACUUAACUAACGUGAAUGUCUUCCACUUAACAAAAUAUGCUUAGAACAAAAUACUUAAAAAUGUAUUUUUUUUAUUUUUAAAAUGUUUUUUGUUAAUUAUAAAGCUAAGU